AUGUCGCUGACAGCCAAGCUGUUUGGCCGACCGAGCCAGACAGAGAGCACGGCAUCAGCGCCCGGGCGUCGGCCGUCGUAUCUUAUUGGCGAUCCUGCCCGAUCGCCGUCCAAAACCACCUUUGUGCUCCCGAGAGAGCACGUCAAGCUACCACGUAAGGAGAAAGAAUCACCGUAUGCACGCCUCUACAUGCAAGGCGUGCACCUCCUCGACCACAAAGAUCACGUGCACAAGAUGUUUGGCCUUACUAAAACGAAGGAGUCACCGCGGAGUCCGCCGGCGCGCAGCGGCAGUCGUCCGGCAUCCGCGCAAAGCGGUCGCCGCGAGUCCACGACGACGAAAGUGACAAUGUCCCAAGGGCGUGGGAAGGAGCCGUCGGUGCGCUCCACGAUCCGCAAGAUCCGCCGCAGUCUCACGAGCGAAGGCAACGUUCUCGUGCACGUUUCACGCAAGUGUGCGCCCGCCCUUGACAAGCACAGUGGUGAGAAGCGACCAGGGGUUGCCCCACUGCGCACGCCACGACAUAGCCCCCGGACCUCACCGGGUCGUGGGCAAGAAGUUGCAUUCGACGAUAACGGUGACGGACCCUUUUUGUUUCCAACGCCCAAGACCGUUGCUCUCAACUCGGCUGAGGCAGAUGAUUCAAAAGUCCGGCAGCUCAUGGAACAGAUCGAUUUGCUCAAGUCGACGCUGGGCUUGAGCGACGAAGAUCUUCAGUGGAAGCUCGAGUCGUCCAAGACCAAUGGAUUCGAUGUCGCAGAUCGACAUCUUACGACGGCCGAGGCCGACUAUGACCGUCUCCUGUACGAACAAUCGCUCUUGCACAACUCACCGACGGAAGAGUACACCAAAGAGCUCGACACCUUGCUGCGGGGGCUGCACGAGCACACCAAGGACAUUGCAACCUUCAAGGCGCAGCUCUCGAAGGCCCAAGAGAGUCUUCGGGAACUCAAGGUCAAGGUCGAGGACCCUAAACUUGUUGCUGACAUCAAGGCGCCUCUGACAGCGUCACCGACGCGCCGAGGCAGCAUGGCGAUUCUGCAAGUGCAGUCCAUGGACUGCCUUCGGAAAGACGUGCUGAGCAUCCAAGAGCAGUUCAAACAAGCCGUCUUAAAGCAAAACGUCGCCCAAACCCUCGUCGUUGCAGCCACGGAAACGAUGCUCGAGAAGCUCCAGACCUUGAUUGCCAAAUUCUCGACGGAGGACCUUCUUGCCGCUGCACGGGAGCUACUCAAGACAGCCCAUGAAGUGACCCAAGCCACUGGCGAGACGCUGCUCGCACUCGUGGAGCGCGCGACCGUGCUCUGCCAAAGCUUCAAGGGCUACCGCGCCAGGGAGCUCCAGAUCAAGGAUCGCCAGAUCAACGCGACGCUCAAGCAAAUGGAAAUCUGGCGCUCGCGUCGCGAAAACGCCAAGGAAUACCCCGGGGAAAUGAAGCGGCUUGAAGACGCAUGGCGCGCCAACCACUUGGCCGACAAUCAAGUGUGCUUGGAGCGGCUGUGCUCGCUCAUUCCGGACUCGAUCGCGGCUAUGUCGGUUGAUCAGCUCCUGGAUGCCGCCAAGCAGGCAGGCGUGCUCUACACACGUGAUUUGGUCAACUACCUCAAACAAAACAAACUCUUGCAGUGGGUCGUCACGCACGAGGUCGACAAGGCGCGGGACAAUUUUAUCUCGGGCGACACGGCCCAGUGCUUUACCAACCUCGAAAUGUACGACAUCACUGAGAUGCGAGCGAUUUACCUCGCGCUGCCCGACGCCUUUGAGUUUGACAAGGAAGGUCGAAAGGGCGAGUGGCGCGCGGGCUUCAUUGCCCAUCUCAAGGUCCUGGUGCAGCAGUACCACGGCGAGACCGUCAAGGCGGGCUGGGAUCCCGUCAAAGGGGCGCGGGCUGAGGUCAAACUCAAGCCACUGAGCGACAAGCAGCUCUUGAAUCCAGUGUACCGGUACCCGACAGAAGACGAGAUCAAGCAGCGUCUCGCCAAGUUUGAGACUCAAGCCAAGCGACUCGCGCAGAAGAAAGCACGCUUGCAAGCGCUCGUCGAGCACGAGAUCCCGCUCGCCAAGACAGAAUACCACGCCGUCUCGGACGAUUGCCGCUCGGACGACCUCAUCAAGAGUUUUGGCAAGCCGACGCUCAUCCGCCUUCGCGACGAAGCCAAAAAGAUCUUUCAAUCGCUCUGCAAGGAGCGCGAUGGGCUCAAGAGCGAAAUCGUCAUCGCAGAGCGCGCAAUCCAAGUUGCGUGUCCGACCCACGAGCAGUACCUCGACGAGAUCGCUGCCAUUCGCCUUUUGCCGCCCGAGAUCCGUCACGGUGUGAUCCGCGGCCCCUUCUCGUCGACGCCCGACAUCAAGCCCAAGGAACGCGCCAUGCACAAGAAGCUGUCGGCUGAAGAAGAAGCCCUUGCGCGCAAGCACGAGCUGACCAAUGCGAUUGCUGAGCGGUCCAAGGAGUUUCCCAAAACCGAGGAGGCGGCGAUGACUGUACCAAAGGAGGUAGUGGUGCCCAAGCGCACGCCCAAGGAAACGUGCGUCAAGGCUGUCCACGACGUCAUGAGUCAGAUACGCACUGUGAGCGCAGUCAAGGCGUCGCCCAACGUUUUGCACUUUCUACAGACGGACUUUUGCGCGCGCAAGUCGACGCAGGACCUUGUUCGCUGCGAAAGCACUCGAACGCUGCCCGACGACGAGGUUAGCAGUGCCGAGUCGGUCGAAAACGUCCCGGCCAAGGCAGCCUCCCAGCCAAAGUCUCACGCGCUUCUCAAGAUGCUGGGCCUGGCCACGACACCGUCGCUGCUGAAGAAGCGGCCUUCCAUCAUCGAGCCUACGCUGCUGGAUGAUAUCGCCAAGCCCAACAACCUCGCUGAGAUUCAGCGCCGGCGCAACUCGCGUUCGCCGUGUGCAUCGCCGCUGCUCAAGACGAAGCCGCUGAGUGUAAUGCCAUCGACAUCCGAAGAGGGCGCACGUCCCAGUUUUCUGGACGAGCUCAAGCGCCGCGCCAACAAAGCAGAGCCAGCGCCGCCGAGCGCGCCCACUGCAGCACCGACGCCACCCAAGAUGUCGUUUCUGGACGAACUCAAAGCCAAGCGCGGUAAUCGCGAAGAUGCAUGAUAUUGCUACAUUGUCCAUGUAAUACAAGUCGCUGUGGGGUCGCGACAGCCGCAGUCGCAGACAGCUGCCUCCAUGCGAGUUUGUAACUCG